UGUUACGUAAAACAAAGUCGCCUCCUUUUGCCUAUAGACACAUCAUGAUUUCAUCAGACAACGAUGACGACAAAGACAAAGAAGAAGGCAACGAAAUUAAAGACAAACAUCAGUUUGUUUUCGGUUAUUGUUUCAGUGAUUUACCAAAUUAAGCCGAGUGGUGGCGGCGGCGAUGGAUCUUACCUGGAUGUGGAGGACAGCGGCACGUUUUCAAGAGAGCAAGAAGAAGCGCGGGGAGGCCAAGAAUGGACGCUGGAACUCGGCCGUGGCUCUGCGGGAAGCGAUCCAUCUCCACUCGAUCCGCCUCCACCUACUGCAACCCCUUUCUCCAGAUCGGCUGUUACUCCUCCCAGCUUCAUUGGGAUGAAAAAACAGGAUUAUGUUGCAAGCACUGAUACACUACCACCAACUGAAUUUUUCAAGAAACCGAAGGGUGAGCAAAUGAUAGCUAUAUCCACCUUCUUCAACUUCUGAUAACGGAGCACUCCAAUCGACAGAUUUGACGAUCAUCCCCGGAAAAAAGAUUGUGGUAGAAGGAUUAGAAAGAGUUGUGGAAGAUGAAAGUGAAAGUAGAGAAACUGAUAGCUCAGCUGAAGGCAAAAAGACUUGGGGUUUGGUCUUGACUCUCUUGAGUAACAAGUUUUUGUAGGUCCUUCGUAUAGAUGUUAAAGAUACAUAUUCAUUUUUGGUUUUUAGUUUUGUGGGGGUAAUAUGUUGUUGUACACAUUAUGGCACAAUUGGUCUCUCGGGAUUAGCCGCGCGUAAGGUGACCCGGACACCUGAUUAUAAAAAAAAAAAAAAAACUUAAUGUACACACGCGCAUGUUAAAUUUCUUUAGCAAAUAGAUGUUGCUGCAAA